AUGGACGAAGAUGAAGAAAAAGUCUCAGAAAGUGUUUUGAAGAUUGUGGUCUGUGGUGACGGUGCAAGUGGGAAAACUUCAUUAUGUACGAGACUAACUCAAGCAACCUUUGCUCCUCAAUAUGUUCAGACAGUUGGAUUUGAAUUCUAUUCAAAGCGACUUUUGCUACCUGGAAAAACUUCUGUGCUUUUGCAAGUAUGGGAUAUUGGCGGACAGAGUAUUGCUAGUACAAUGUUGCAAAAGUAUGUUACUGGCGCUAAUGGUGCUAUCGUUAUCUAUGACGUUACAAAUGUUGCCAGUUUUGAGAACCUUGAAGACUGGGUCAACGUCAUCGAAAAGGCUACAAGCCUAAGUAAUCAGAAGGUCAAAUAUGCUUUGGUAGGGAAUAAAACGGAUAUGGAACAACGGAGAACAGUACAUAUUGAACAGCAUAUUAAAUUUGCCGAACAGCAUAAUAUGAGUAGCCAUUAUGUAUCGGCUAAGACAGGCGAUGGAGUUAUUUUGAUGUUCAGGUAG